AUGAAAACAAUUGAUAUGAACUUUGAAUAUUGGGUUAUUACACCUACUGAUAAUUGGAACACACUUGAUUUUACAAAAGCAUGGUUAGAUUGUAAAUAUUCUAAAAACAAAGGAACUGCUAUAAAAGCUCUUAGAGAACAACUUAAUUGGUAUAAGUUUAAUAGUUUUGACAAAGAAAAAGCCAAAGCUCAAGAACUUUUAGAAGAAAUUCCA